GUCAGUAUACACCAGUAGUUUAGAGUUAUUCCCCCAUUACACAGACCCAAAUCAAAACAAAUCAAGAUGUCUGAUCCUACUACUACUACGAAUGAAACUAAUUCGGCUCCUUCAAGUCGACGAGACAGGGUAAUGGUUGGAGAACUUCCCGGUGACUUCCUUCGCUUCUCGGGACAGAAUCAACAGAACAUGGAAGAUGCAAGAAUAGCACAGAUAUUGCAGGCACAGCAACAGGCCGGCGUGCACAUGGCCCACUCCAACAUUGCCGGUCGUCUCAGCAUCACAAUAGCAGAGGCAAAGCUAACCAAGAACUACGGACUUACAAAGAUGGAUCCAUACUGCAGGGUCAGAUUGGGCCACUCGGUAUUUGAGACGCCCACAGCUUACAACGGGGCAAAGAACCCGCACUGGAACAAAGUCGUUCAGAUACUUCUCCCCAAGGGUGUUGAUUCCCUGUACAUUGAAAUUUUUGAUGAGCGGUCGUUCACAAUGGAUGAUAGAAUUGCCUGGGCUCACAUAACUAUUUCUGAGGCUGCCCUGUCUGGUGAUACCACAGACAACUGGUUUCCUCUCAGUGGUCGUCAAGGAGAUGAAAAGGAAGGGAUGAUCAACAUCAUCAUGUCAUUGACACCUGCAACUGAUAUACCAAUGUCCUCUUUCGUACAAUAUGGUGGUGCCCCGAUGAUAAUGCCGAUGUACUACCCUGCACCACAGCCUGUUGUUGUUGGCGGAGUGCCUCAAGUAGGGGUGUACUCCCAGAUGGCGCAACAGCCGCCUGGUGGAAUGUACCCACAACAACAGAGGCCGAGUGGUCCGCUCUACACUGACGAAGAUCUCAAACAGGUCAAGGACAUGUUCCCAAACAUGGAUGAAGAAGCCAUUAAAACUGUUUUUGAAGCUAACCGUGGAAACAAAGACAGUACAGUUAAUUCCUUACUCGCCAUGAAUGCAGACUGAGCGGUUACACUGUACGCAUCAUGUUCUACUUAAAGACUUAGAACUAUACAAAGAUGUUGUGACAAAAUAUAAUUGUCAAUAUUCCAUUGAAUAUGGACAGAUUAUUACUAUUCCAAUAAAUAUAUACUGAUAAAUAUAAUCAAUGUUAUCCAUUUAAUCUUGGGACUUUGUCGCCACUGCUCAUUAUUUAUAAUAUCUUCAAUUAUGAGAUUCAAAUUGCUACAUGAUUUAACUUAAAAUAUUUUUGCUGUUAUGUUUUUACAUUUGUAUGCGAUGAUCUGGAUAGAAAUCUAAAUGUUUAUUGAUAUGUGGGUCCUUCUGUAAAACUGGUACCUUCAAAGACCGGAAUGUAUUACAAUGGCUUUUAUUCAAGUCAGUUGGUCACUUGUUCAGCACAAGGUCGGAAAUCAUGCUUUGACGAAAUAUAAAAAUGUGUAGGCAUAAUUUACGAAAUAAAAACCCAGAUGUAACGAAGCUAAUUCAAGGACAUGCAGUGUUUUUUUUUUUUUAAUAUUCUAAUUUUUGUGGUGGUAAUUUUUGACAAGAAUGCAUGUAUUAAUAUGCAUGCUGUGGUACUUCCAAUGAAUUGAACCAUUUAGCACAGUAAAUUCCUAUACCAACUUGUGCUAAAACUGUUCAUAGCACGAGUGGAAACCACUGGUUACACACAGAAGCCCAGCGUGACUGCAGAUUCAGUCAAAACCAAGCCAGAUGAAUGACAAAACAGAACAUAAAUUGUAAGAUCUAUUCUGUAUUUACAGUAAUGUUUUAGGAAAUUUGGUUCUUCUAGAAUUAAUGGUAAAUAACAAAACAAUGAUGUCUGAAUUCAUAUUUUUUUGGUGUGUGUUCCAAUCUGGAAUAUUUUAGGUGGUAUAGUAACAAAAUUAUUACUUAAUUGUGUAUUCAACUGUCAAAACCUUUCCAUUUUCAAAGGACUCAUCCAUUGAUUGAUAAACAAGUUGAAACCAAGUUUGACAUUAAAUAAAAAAAGAUGUUUACAUUAAUAUCUACUGUGGACUUCUUUGCCGACAUUAUCAUGUGAAGAAUAUUUCAUUUGUAAGAAGUUCUUUUAAAUGAAGUUACGUGAAUUAUGAAAUAUAAUUUUCCGUAACGAUAAAAAGUAAUUACUAUUGCAUUGUGAUAGAAACUUACUGUUAUAAGUAUGUUGCAAGUGUUUGUGAAAUUGUGACUCACAAAACGUCCUUUCUUGCUAUUAAAAUGUUUUAACGACACCGAAACAACUUUUUAAUUUUAUUUUAGUGCUUGUGAAAUUGUGACUCACAAAACGUCCUUUCUUGCUAUUAAAAUGUUUUAAUGACACAGAAA